AAGAAUCCCCCAUUUUUUAAAACUAUGGUACGGUUAUAUCCUAACCACGGUUUAGCCCCACUUCUGGAGCAGUUUAUAUACAAACUCAACCACUCCAUUUCACUUAUUAGCAACAAAAACAAACCCCAAUCUCCCACCACCAAAAACAUUGCAGAUAAACGAAGAAAUGAUGGUAGGAGAGAGAAGCUUUGGGCAUACUCCACCGUGGGCAGAUGAUCCGACCACCGCGAUGAAUGCCAUCGACGACUACUCUUUAUUCUUCCAGACCGACUCCUUGAAGGCGCUGCAGCGCUACUUACCUUCCAACUCAAGCGACGUCGUUCCGGAUGCUGACUCGGACGGCGCAGACUUCGUUCCCGUGGACGCGCACUCAUGCGAUAACUUCCGCAUGUUCGAGUUCAAGGUCCGCAAGUGCGCCCGCGGCCGUUCCCACGACUGGACCGAGUGCCCCUUCGCCCACCCCGGCGAGAAGGCCCGCCGCCGCGACCCCCGCAAGUUCCACUACUCCGGCACCGCCUGCCCGGAGUUCCGGAAGGGAACCUGCCGGAAGUUCGACGCCUGCGAGUUCUCUCACGGCGUCUUCGAGUGCUGGCUCCACCCGGCGCGUUACCGCACGCAGCCAUGCAAGGACGGGAUGAGCUGCAAGCGCCGCGUCUGCUUCUUCGCCCACGCGCCAGACCAGCUCCGCGUCCUCAGUCCACGCGCCGACUCCUCAACCUCCCCACACGGCCGAUUCGCCUUCAUCGCGUCGCCGGAGUCGGUUUCCCCGCCGAUGACGGAGUCGCCGCCGAUGUCGCCGACGGUGAGCGAGAUGGUGGCGUCGCUGCGGCAGCUGCAGCUGAGCAAGGUGAAUUCGAUGCCGUCGUCGUGGCUCGGGGGAUGUCCUUCGCCGCGGGUGAAGGUCGUGCCGCCCGGGUAUUUCAGCGUGCCCACGACCCCGACGAGGGCCGUGGCCCUGGCCCGGCCGGGGCUCGCGUGGGAGACCGAGGAGGGGCCGAUGGAGCGGGUCGAGUCAGGGAGAAAGUUGCGGGACAAGAUGUUUGAGAAAUUAAGCAAGGAGAAUCCGUUGGAUCGGGUCGAUCCGGAUCCAAACCCGGAUGUGGACUGGGUGGCGGACCUGAUCAAUUGAAGGAAGGGCUUGUAGUGAAUAUGUGAGGAGGUUAGAGGGGCAGAUAUGUCUUUUUCGGUGGGAAAUUGUAAAUAGUGAUGGAUGGAAAUUGGAAAUUUUCUCUAGACUACUUUGGAGGGUUAUAUUUUAUACGGAAAUUACAAAAUUAGGGCUCAAGGAUGGAAGCAUCUGGAGAAUGGAGCUCGCCGUGUUUUAGUGCUUAAUGGUCUCCCCUAAUUGCUCUACCUUUAUUAGCUUUAAUGCGAUGCAGUAUUCUCUAUUUACUUUUAAGUUUCUCCCAAACCUACCUAUUAUUGUAAAUUAUGAGGUUGUGGUAAUUAAUGAAUGUCUAUUUCUUGUUA